AUGCUCGAAGAAACUAAAAUAAAAACAGUGCCUAGAGUUGUUGACAAUCAAAUAUUUUUAUUAAAUGGUCAUGUUUACAAUACGGUUAUAAAUGAUCACAACAACAACAAUGGUGCCACAAAUUAUGCUUAUGAAAACGGCACUGAAAAAGUGCAAAGUGGAAAUAUUAAAAUGAAAAAGAUUCAAAAUUCUAAAUUGAACAAUGGAAAUUUGUCAAAUAGUAGCAGCGAUGAUGAUGACGACGAAAAUGUAUACGAAAUAAAACCAUCGAAUGAUGAAACUGAAAUAUUACUUUCAGGAAAUAGUACUGAAAUCGAUCCACAUAUUCCUGAUCAUGAAACAUGGUAUGCAGUGGCCUUACAAGUUUUUAUCCCAUUUAUGAUUGCAGGUUUCGGUACAGUGGGAGCCGGACUCGUACUCGAUUAUGUUCAGAAAUGGCGAGUAUUUAAAGAAAUUCCUGAAAUUUAUAUAUUAGUACCAGCUUUAUUAGGUUUAAAAGGCAAUUUGGAAAUGACUUUAGCUAGUCGAUUAUCUACACAGGCAAAUAUUGGAAAUAUGGAUAAACGAAAAGAAUUAAUUAGUAUGGUGACUGGAAAUCUUGUUCUUACGCAACUACAAGCAAUCGUUGUUGGUUUUUUAGCAGCUUUAGUUGCUCUAGUCAUGGGCUGGAUUCCAGAUGGAAAUUUUUCAAUUCGGCAUGCUUUAAUUUUAUGUAGUAGUAGCGUUUCCACAGCAUCACUUGCUUCGUUGGCUUUGGGAAUAAUUAUGAUUUUUGUUAUUGUUUCGUCUCAUUAUUGUAAAAUAAAUCCGGAUAAUGUAGCCACGCCAAUAGCCGCUAGUCUUGGUGAUUUAACAACAUUGACAAUUUUAGCUAAUGUUUGUGCUAUUUUACUCAAAACGAUGGAAAAACACUAUUGGUUACCUAUUAUUAUCACAUGUCUAUUUCUCAUCGUUAUACCUGUUUGGAUCGUCAUAUCAUAUCGAAAUAAUUAUGUUCGAGAUGUUCUCUAUUAUGGAUGGUCACCGGUGAUUGCUGGAAUGUUGAUCAGCAGUGCUGGUGGUCUUAUUUUGGAUUUUGCAGUAGUACAAUUUCGUGGUCUUGCUGUUUUUCAACCAGUUAUUAAUGGUGUUGGCGGUAAUUUAGUUGCUGUUCAAGCUAGUCGUUUAUCAACAGCUCUACAUCGACAAACCAAACCUGGUAUAAUGCCUGCUGGUGUAAAAUCAGCAUGUCCUAAUCCAUUAAGUGUCUAUUUUUCUUCAAAAUGGGACUCAGUGACAACUCGUGUAUUAUUAAUUAUGGCUAUACCUGGUCAUCUUGUUUUUAUAUAUUUUAUUUCGAGAAUGGAAGCUGGUUAUAAUUUCGUUACAGUUACUUUUACAAUAUUAUAUCUUAUUGCUGCUUUAAUACAAGUUGCCAUCUUACUUUAUUUGGCGCAAUGGUUUGUAACUUUUGUAUGGAAACAUAAACGUGAUCCGGAUAAUGUUUGUAUACCAUAUUUGACAGCUAUUGGUGAUCUUUUAGGAACCGGUCUUUUAGCAUGUGCAUUUAUUAUUUUGUCGGUAUUUGAUAAAAAUGUUUAG